ACAUAAGCUCGGACCAACCUCUCUCUAAACAUCCCAGAAACAUUUCCUCCUUCUUCUCUCUUCAUUUCUCAACCCCAAAUCAUCAACCCAUCUUCAACCAUAACUAAUCACUUUCUCAUCCAAGAUUAAGUCAAGAUUAGCAUCAAAGCUCCAAGGAUUGUCAUCAAUCACAAGUUUGAUCUUCCUUAUCUCAUUAAAUCUUGUACUUUAAUCAUGGAUUCAUCUAUUUCUAUGUUUCCCAACAUGUAUAGCUAAAUAAAUUUGGGGCUAGAAAUUGGUUAAUUAAUUGUUCUUAUAAUGUUUUAAUUUGUAUUGAUUUUAAUUGUUAAGUUUGUUCUAUUUAGAUUGUUGUGUCCAGAAAAUUAAUUAUGUCGUGUUUGUGAUAUAUAUUAUGAGUACUCAAUCAUAAACAUAUUGUUUGUUAAAUACACAAAUGAACACUUUCUGAACACACCGUUAAACUUCUUUUACCUUGUCCCGGAUUGAAGUUUUACGGGAGAAUUUAAUUAUUUAAUUAUAUUAUUUACACCACGGGGUUGGGUAAAUAAUAUAGUUAAUAAUUAAGGUUGCCGUUGCACUUAAACAACUAGUCUCAUUUUGGCCAUCACUGGGAAAUGUUGACUAGUUACUUAUUUUAGGUGACUUGUGUUGGGUCCUAAAAUAUUUAUCUACAACUUCUCACAAUCUAUCUAAGAAUAAAAUUAGCAAUUAUGUCUUACAAAUGAGCAUUGAACAAUUAGUUGCCAAUUUCUACCCCUACUUGCUAUUGGUUGAACUUUGUGUUGAUAAAAGUCUCUUCUCUCAAUCACUUUUAUUUAAUUACUUUUCCAAGUAAACAAAAAUCAAAAGAAACGCAUUCCCAACUUUAAUCCUUAGUUUGUGCUUAAUUAUUUUAUUUCCCGCUUCUCUGUGGUUCGACACCCUACUUCCUUGGGUAAAAAAAAUAGUUGUGUGCCCAUUAUAUGCUACACACCAACUUGGCGCCGUUGCCGGGGAAGCGGUUUUGAAAAAAAAAUUGAGAGCAUAAACUUUCGAUUUUAGUUAUUGUAAAUUGUGUGUAUAUUAUUCUGUUGUUAUCUUUUUACCUUUGCAGGUUAAAAAAAGUGAUUAAUUAAAGUUCAAAAAAAAAAUCAAAAAAAAAAAUCAAAAAAAAAAAUCAAAAAAAAAAAUCAAAAAAAAAAAUCAAAAAAAAAAAUCAAAAAAAAAACAAAUGGACUGUGAUUAAUCAUCUUACCUGAGCAUUGGAGUUGGACUUGUUGACUGAACAUAUCUGGACAUUCAGACCAUUGAACAUAUUGUUACAUUUUAAUUAAAAGGAUACUCCGCCUAUAUGGUCGGACCGCUUACUUGUACAUUAUAAUUCAAAGGAUACUCCGCCUAUAUGGUCGGACCGCUUACUUGUACAUUAUAAUUCAAAGGAUACUCCGCUUAUAUGGUCGGACCGUUUAUUUUUCUUUUUAUGGUGGUUCAAACCCCAACUUUUUAAUUUCUGCACUUUAAUUAUCGCAAUUUAAUUUGUGCACUUAUAUUAUCGCAAUUUAAUUUCCGCACUUUAAUUUCAGCAUUUUUUUAAAUUUUGCAUCCCCAAGCUUGUAGGCCGUGUCCACUUGUUGGUGGAGUGCACUUUUUUUUUUUUUUUUUUUCUUAAUAAUCCCCAGACUGUCGGCAUAGCUGCAUCUUGGUGGAGACUGUAUUUAUUACUGUAGCUAUUUUUUUCUUCCCUCAAAUCACCAUAUCUGUCGGCCUAGCCGCAUCCUGGUGAAUUACUGUAUAUAUUCAUACUGCUUUAAGGGCUCACUAGUCUCAUUCGGUUUAUACCAAUUGACUACGUGCGAACCUUAAUUAAUUAAUUAAUUCCGCAUUUAUUUUUUCUUUUCAUCUCUCUCUCUCUUUCCCCAAUCCCAAUUCCCUUCUGCUUAUGCUCACACGUUCACGUGGUGCGAAUUGUGAAUUGUUAUUCUUCUCUGACAUCGAAAAGCACAUACGUGAACAGAAAAAAAAAAUUAAAAAAAAAUGUCAAACGAUAUUGUUGUUAAUGAGCAGGUACCCAAUCAACAAAUCGUGGAUCAGGUUACGAGGACCAGGAAACCGCUGUAUGAUUAUGUUACGCCUCCCGUGGAUGAGCAUGACAGUGUUAUUCCACCAGAGGUUAACAUGAAUCACUUUGAAAUCAAGCCUGCUAUCAUUCAUAUGGUUUCAAAUACUCAAUUUGGCGGAGCGCCAACGGAGGAUCCAAAUAAUCACAUCACAAAGUUCCUUCGAGCUUGCAACACCUUCAAAAUCAAUGGUGUGCCAACUGAUGCUGUCAGACUACGCCUGUUCCCAUUCUCUCUACGGGAUCGAGCUCAGAGUUGGCUUGACUCUUUUCCGGAUAAUCACUUCUCCACUUGGGAUCAACUUCAUGGUGAAUUUCUCAAAAGAUUUUUCCCGCCAUCUAAAACGGCGAAAAUCCGAAGAAUGAUUCAAAAUUUCAAGCAAAAUCCCAAUGAGCCCCUCUACGAGGCUUGGGAAAGAUUCAAAGAUCUUCAGCGACAGUGUCCACAUCAUAACAUCCAAAACUGGCACUUGAUGACGGCUUUCUAUGAAGGCCUACAUGAAAAUUCUCGGAUACUCGUGGACGCGUCAGCAAAUGGAUCAUUCAUGUGCCUAGAACUUGAAGAGGCAGAAGAAUUGAUGGAGCGUAUUUCAUCAAAUGGAUCAACAUGGUAUUCUGAGCGAUCAUCUGCUCCACCAAAAAUCGGAGGCAUGUAUGAAGUUGAUCAAAUGUCGGCCAUAACCACAAAGGUCGAUAGCAUGAUGAAUCUUAUCCAAAAGAUGGCACAAGUCUCUCUUGUGCAAAACUCUACAUCAACUCCAGCUCCCAUUCCCGUUCUUAUGUGUGAAUCUUGCGGUGGACAACACAAUCAGUCUACUUGUCCAUGGGAAGCAAUGGAACAAGUUGACUAUGUCAACUACAACAGGCAGCCCCAACAAAAUCAAUUUGGUAAUUUCAAUCCUCAAGGAAGAAACCAUCCCGGUUUUUCCUGGAGCAAUCAAAAUGGAGCUGCUAAUCCACAACCAUCUUACCGGAGUGCACCACCCGGUUUCCAAAACCAACAACAGCAAUUCAGAGGUGGCCAAGAUAUUGUGAACCAACAACACUAUAAACCCACUCAAAAUCUUCCAUACCCUUCAAGUCAACAGCAAAAACCACUUCUCCCCACUCCUGAAACAACCCAAUCUCCUGUCCUAGAAAACAUUGUUGACCAACUUCUCAAGUCCCAAUUAUCUCAAGCUGAAACCCUGAAACAAAUCACCGAUGAACUUGGUCAACUUCGAGCUCACAACAAGAUGCUUGAGAAUCAAAUUGCUAAUCAAGCAUCCACAUCAUCAACUAAGGUGACAGGUAAGCUUCCUGCUUGUCCUGAAAACCCUAGGGAGCAAAUCAAUGUCGUCACUACUCGGAGUGGGAAACAACAUCAAUCCUUGCCCCGUUCUAGUGAUGAACAAGAACAUGAAGUGUUGGAGGAAAGGGCCGAGCAACAACAGAAAGGUGGAAACAACAACAAUGAACUUGAUGUCGGUACCAUGCCGAAACCAUCUGAUGAUCGUGAAGGGUCGAAGAAAGAAAAAAGCAGUUCGGUAAGGAAAUAUAUUCCCCCAGUUCCUUAUCCGAACAGUUUGAAGAAAGCUAAUAUGGAGGAGCGGAGAACUAAAUUUUUGAACGUUAUCAAACAGUUGGAUAUCUCAAUUCCUUUGCUUGAUGCCAUUACAGAAAUUCCUUCAUAUGCUAAAUUUCUCAAAGAUAUUCUCACAAAGAAGAAGGAGAAUCCAGCCACUGUUGCAAUGAGCCAAGAAUGUAGUGCCAUAAUCCAAAACAAAAUUACACCCAAGUUACGUGAUCCUGGAAGCUUCUUAAUUCCAUGUAUCAUUGGUGGAUCUAAAGUUAACAAAGCUCUUUGUGAUCUUGGUGCAAGUGUUAGCUUAAUUCCCUAUUCACUAUGUCAAAAGCUACACUUGGGGGAUCCCAAACCAACAACAAUGGCGUUACAAUUGGCUGAUCGAUCUGUCAAAUAUCCUAUCGGCAUUCUUGAAGAUGUUCCUGUCAAAAUUGACAAGUAUUAUAUCCCGGGAGACUUUGUUGUCUUGGAUAUGGAGGAAGAUGCUCGAGUUCCUGUUAUUCUCGGGAGACCCUUUCUAGCUACGGCAGGAGCAAUUAUCAAUGUAAAAAAGGGUGCCCUUAUCCUUCAGAUUGGGGAUGAUAAGAUCGAAUUCAAUGUACAAGAGCUGAGUAAGGAUACACCUUGUGUCCUUGAUGGUUACUAUGCUGAUGUUAUAGACUCUUGUAUCAUAAAGACAUUUGAUAAGUCUUAUUGGCUUUCUAAAGAUCCCAUGGAGUACACUAUACGAGAAUCUAUUGCAGAUGAGCAAGCCAAUGAAAUGGUGAAUUUAUGUCUCGAAAUGUUGCAAAACAUAUCUUUACCGAUGCCUAAAGCACUUAAAUUUGAAGUGCUUAAUCUUGAAGAUCAAUCCUUGAAUGUCAAAGGAAAAGCACCUGAAGUAGAACUCAAACCACUUCCAUCUACUUUAAAAUAUGCUUUUCUUGGCCCGAAUUCCACUUAUCCUGUCAUUGUGAAUGCUGAUUUAGAUCUUCAACAAGUGGAAAGAAUAUUGCAAGUCUUACGAAGCCAUCGCAGAGUUAUUGGCUACACCAUUGAUGAUAUUGUUGGCAUAAAGGCAUCUUAUUGCAUGCACCGCAUUUACUUGGAGGAUGAUCACAAGCCGAGCAUUGAGCACCAAAGACGCCUCAACCCGAACAUGAAAGAUGUUGUUAAAAAAGAAAUUCUUAAACUAUUGAGUUCGGGUAUCAUUUUCCCCAUUUCGGACAGUAAAUGGGUAAGUCCUAUCCAUGUGGUGCCAAAGAAAGGAGGAAUUACUGUUGUAAAGAAUGACAAAAACGAGCUGAUUCCUACACGAAUAGUCACUGGAUGGCGCAUGUGCAUUGAUUACCGCAAGCUAAACAAGGCUACUCGGAAAGAUCAUUUUCCACUUCCCUUUAUUGAUCAAUUGCUGGAGAGGAUGGCUAAGCACAAAUAUUUCUGUUUUCUUGACGGAUUCUCUGGAUUUUUCCAAAUCCCAAUUCAUCCGGAUGAUCAAGAAAUGACGACAUUUACAUGUCCUUAUGGUACUUUUGCAUAUCGCAGAAUGCCGUUUGGAUUAUGUAAUGCACCAGGAACCUUUCAAAAAUGUAUGCUAGCUAUUUUCUCGGAUCUUGUCGAGGAAAUUAUGGAAGUUUUUAUGGAUGAUUUCUCGGUUUAUGGGAUUUCAUUUGAUGAUUGUCUUGAACAUCUUGAUAAAGUGCUGAGCAAAUGUGAAGAAGCAAAUCUUGUCCUCAACUGGGAAAAAUGUCAUUUCAUGGCAACCGAAGGCAUUGUGCUUGGGCACAAAAUUUCUGAAAAGGGCAUUGAAGUAGACCCGGCAAAGAUAGAAGUAAUUGAGAAAUUGCCACCCCCUUCUUCCAUCAAGGGGAUUCGUAGUUUUCUUGGCCAUGCGGGAUUUUAUCGACGGUUUAUCAAGGAUUUUUCAAAAAUAUCAAAGCCUUUAACCAAUCUUCUCUCAAAAGAUGUGGAGUUUAAUUUUGAUGAAUCUUGCUGCGCCGCAUUUUCAAAACUCAAGUUGGCCUUAACUACUGCACCAAUUAUUAGGCCACCUGAUUGGAGUCUUCCUUUUGAACUCAUGUGUGAUGCAAGCGAUUAUGCCGUGGGAGCCAUUCUGGGUCAACGCAAAGGCAAAGAAGUAUAUGCCAUUUAUUAUGCAAGUCAUACUCUUGAUGAUGCCCAAUCAAAUUAUGCCACAACUGAAAAAGAGUUCCUUGCCAUAAUUUUUGCCAUUGAAAAAUUCCGAUCUUACCUUAUCGGUAGCAAGAUUAUUGUCUAUACCGACCAUGCGGCUAUCAAAUACCUCAUCAACAAAAAAGAUGCAAAACCGAGGUUGUUGCGGUGGAUCUUGUUACUACAAGAGUUUGACAUGGAAAUCCGUGAUAGAAAAGGAUCUGAAAAUGUUGUUGUCGAUCAUUUAUCUCGACUUGAGAUUCCUUGUGAUACCAAGAUGCCAAUCAAUGAUUAUUUCAUUGGGGAACAACUUAUGACUGCUCAAAAUUUUGAUCCAUGGUUUACCGAUAUUGCAAAUUACCUUUCUCAUGGGGUAAUUCCACAUGGUGCUACACAUACUGAAAAGAAGAAGUUAAAAUAUGACUCCCGCUACUAUCAUUGGGCAGAACCUUUUCUCUAUAGAAGGUGUGCCGAUGGAGUCAUUCGACGGUGUUUGCCCGAAGAUGAAGUUUCAAAUGUCUUGCACCAUUGUCAUUCCUCACCAUAUGGGGGACAUCAUGGAAGCUCUCGUACUGCUGCAAAGAUUUUACAAUCAGGUUUCUUUUGGCCCACUAUUUUCAAAGAUGCAAGCAAAUUUGUGAAAAACUGUGAUCGUUGCCAACGUACCGGUAAUAUUGGAAGAAAGAAUGAAAUGCCUCAACAUGGCAUACUUGAAGUCGAAUUGUUUGACGUGUGGGGGCUCGAUUUUAUGGGGCCAUUUCCAAAAUCAAAUGGGAAAGAGUUCAUCCUUGUAGCUGUUGAUUAUGUUUCUAAAUGGGUAGAAGCAGCUGCCACACAGACAAAUGAUGCCAAAGUGGUGAUCCAAUUCAUUCAGAAAAAUAUUUUCUCCCGAUUCGGAGUUCCACGAUCUUUCAUCACCGACAAUGGUACUCAUUUUUGUAACAAAGCAUUGGAACGUGUCCUUUCCAAAUAUGGGAUUCACCACCGACUCUCAACUCCAUACCACCCGCAAACAAAUGGCCAAGUGGAACUUUCAAACCGAGAAAUCAAAACAAUUCUCGAGAAAGUUGUUAAUCCUUCCCGAAAGGAUUGGGCCGAAAAGCUUGAUGAUGCACUAUGGGCAUAUCGCACUGCUUACAAAAAUCCCAUCGGCACCUCACCAUUCAAAUUGGUGUAUGGGAAAGCAUGUCACCUUCCUGUUGAGGUUGAACACAAAGCAUAUUGGGCAAUCAAGACACUCAACAUGGAUCUUGCAUUGGCGGGUGAGAAACGACUGUUGCAGCUAAAUGAACUUGAAGAAUUCAGACUUGCAGCUUAUGAUAGCUCAAAACUCUACAAGGAGAGAACAAAAGUUUUGCAUGACCGGGUGAUCAGCCGAAGAAAAUUUGAACGGGGAGAUAAAGUUCUUCUAUUUAACUCACGUUACAAAUUCUUUCCCGGAAAGCUAAAGACCCGAUGGUUGGGUCCAUUUGAAGUACUUGAAGCAUUUUCAUCCGGAGCAGUCCAGUUGUUAAACAAAAGCGGCCAAAAACUCAUGGUAAAUGGACAACGGUUGAAACUAUACCAUGAUGGUGAGAGACAAGAGGCAACUUCUGUGUAUUGCCUCACUGAUCCGAAAUAUGAAUGAAGAGGCAUGGGUCAAGCUAAUGACCUUAAACGAGCGCUUCUUGGGAGGCAACCCAAGUUUGUAAAUUUCAAAAAAAAAAAAAAAAACAAAAAAAAGCAAAAAAAAAUGUCUAGGUUUUUGUUUUUGGACUCUAAAGGGGCCACAUCCGCUCGAAAAGACAUCUCAACAUCAUCCGUCCGCAAUUCAGGGAAGUUUUCUUUACACUCCUUUAAUUUAUUUUCCACUGAGGACAGUGCAAAUUUUAAGUGUGGGGGAGUGGGUAGUUCGACCCUAAUUUCUUGUGUGAAUAUUUUUUCUUUUUCCUUGCUUGUUUGUGUGAUUUUAUUUUUUUUUAUUUUUAUUUUGUGUGUUUGUUUGGAAAAGUAAAGACCAGUCUUGUCCAAAAUACAACAAUAGACAAACAACACAUUAGUUUACACUUUUUGUUACUAGUUACUUCCAUAACUUUUUAAAACUAUUCAUUCACCUCUUUUGACGAAAUGUGGUUUGAGUUUGAGAAGUGUCACUAUAAUUUUUUGAGAGUAACUUAGUAUUAGCUUUGAACUUGAUUCUUUUUAACACUUUAACAUUAAACA